GUCAUUUAUAAAAAUCACGAAGAGUAAGGGUCCCAGAACAGAUCCCUGAGGCACACCACUGGUCACCGACCUCCAUGCAGAAUAUGACCUGUUUACAACCACUCUUUGCCUUUUGUGGGAAAGCCAGUUCUGGAUCCACAAAGCAAUGUCCCCUUGGAUCCCAUGCCUCCUUGGAAAGGAAAGGUAUGUUGCAUCCGGAGUUUCUCUGGUUAGCGGAUGAUUUACCUCCACGCCUCUCUGACGUAGUGGGGAACCGCGUACGAGACAAGUUACAGCAGUGGUUUGCCAUUGCCUUCUGCCGGGAUGGAUCACGGCAAAGGCAGGACAGGAAAAAGACGGUCUCUUUCAGCAGUAUGCCCAACGAUCGCAAAAUCAACAGCACUGCAGCCUGUAUCUCCUUCAUGCUGGAGGGAUGUGAGAUGAAGAAGAUUCGCUCAAAUUCCAGAGUGUACAACCGUUACUUCAUUCUUGAUUCUGAUAUGAGGUCGCUGAGAUGGGAGCCAUCCAAAAAGGACUCUGACAAAGCAAAAAUUGAAAUAAAGUCCAUCAAAGAAGUGAGAUUGGGAAAGAAGACUCCUGUGCUUCGCAGUAAUGGGAUUUCAGACCAAUUUUCUGAUGAAUGUGCUUUCUCGAUUAUUUACGGGGAGAACUAUGAAUCAUUGGAUUUGGUUGCUAGUUCUGCUGAUAUUGUGAACACUUGGGUUAUGGGACUGAGGUACCUGGUGUCAUAUGGAAAACAUACACUUCACGUGACAGAGUCAAACCAAAACAGCCUGAGGUCUUCCUGGCUGAAAUCAGUGUUUCAUGCAGCAGAUGAUGGUACUCAAGGUCUCAUUCCACUGACUAGGGCAGUCCAACUCAUUAAAGGUUUGAGUCCUGGGAUAAAGACAACAAAAAUUGAGCUGAAAUUUAAAGAACUGCAGAAGGCAAAGGACAAACUCGGGACCGAAGUUACCUUGGAGACCUUCACUGAGGCUUACUGUGAACUCUGCACCCGGCCAGAGAUAUAUUUUCUGCUUGUACAGUUCUCCAGUAAUAAAGAAUGGCUUGACUCCAAGGACCUUAUGUUGUUCCUGGAUGUAGAGCAAGGAAUGGAGGGCUUGACGGAAGAGAUGUGCUUGGAAACCAUUCGCAAAUAUGAACCAUCGCAAGAAGGUCAGGAGAAAGGUUUCCUUUCCAUAGAUGGUUUUACAAAUUACCUUUUAUCACUUGAGUGCCACCUCUUUGAUCUACAACAUGAAAACGUGUGUCAAGAUAUGACUCAGCCUUUGUCUCAUUACUACAUUAAUUCUUCCCAUAAUGCUUGUCUGCUGGAAGACCAUUUCUGGGGUUCCUCAGACGUUAAUGGGUAUAUACGAGCUUUGAAAAUGGGCUGCCGUAGCAUUGAACUUGUGGUUUGGGAUGGCCCAGAUAAUGAACCUCUGAUUUAUGCCGGCAACUUGGUGACGGCACAAAUACCCUUUCGGACAGUGAUUGAUGUGAUAAAUAAGUAUGCUUUUGUAGCGUCACAGCACCCACUGAUUCUCUGUUUGGUGACACGGUGCUCCGUCCAACAGCAGAAAGUGAUGGCUCAACAUAUCAAGAAGAUACUGGGGGAUAGAUUACACGUGGAUCCUCCAGAUCCAGAGGGCAAUUAUCUCCCAUCACCAGAACAACUCAAGGGAAAGAUUCUCCUUAAAGGAAAGAAGUUGCCUGGGAAUUAUUCUGAUUCUGAAGGAGAUGUUAGUGAUGAAGACGAAGGGAUUGAAAUGUGCCAAAGCAUGGUUGAAGACAGUGCAGAUCAAUUGACUGUACCCCCAGAAAGAAAGCUGAGGCUUUCGAAAGAGCUCUCCGACCUGGUGAGCUUCUGUAAGUCAGUGCAGUUUAGGGACUUUGAGGUUUCCAGGAGAAAUCAGAAAUACUGGGAAAUUUGCUCAUUCAGUGAGGUGGUAGCAAGCAGAAUUGCCAAUGAAUAUCCAGAGGACUUUGUGAUUUACAAUAAAAAGUUCUUGUCCAGGGUAUACCCCAGCCCCAUGAGAAUCGAUGCCAGUAAUAUGAAUCCCCAGGACUUUUGGAAAUGUGGUUGCCAGAUGGUGGCUAUGAACUAUCAGACUCCUGGGCUAAUGAUGGACCUCAACAUUGGCUGGUUUCGACAGAAUGGAAACUGUGGGUAUGUACUCCGUCCUGCCAUCAUGAGGGAAGAGGUAUCCUACUUCAGUGCCAAUGCAAAGGAUUCUUUGCCAGGAGUUUCAGCCCAGCUUCUUCAUAUUAAAAUCAUUAGUGGACAAAACCUGCCCAAGCCUAAAGGCUCUGCAGCCAAGGGGGAUGUUGUAGAACCAUAUGUGUAUGUGGAGAUCCAUGGGAUUCCAGCUGAUUGCUCAGAGCAAAGGACUAAGACAGUGACUCAGCAUGAUGACAAUCCUAUCUUUGAUGAGAGCUUUGAGUUUCAAAUUAAUUUGCCGGAGCUUGCUCUCUUACGCUUUGUAGUUCUAGACGAUGACUACAUCGGGGACGAAUUCAUUGCGCAAUACACCAUACCCUUUGAAUGUCUGCAGGCAGGAUACAGACACGUGCCUCUUCAGUCCUUGACAGGAGAGUUUCUUCCACACUCAAGCUUGUUUAUACAUGUGGCCGUUAGCAAUCGACGAGGUGGCGGGAAGUCCCAGAAAAGGGGGCUUUCUGUUCGCAAGGGAAAAAAGGCCAGAGAAUACACAUCCACCAAAACUGUAGGGAUCAAAGUUAUCGAUGAGGUCUUUAGAGCAGCUACUCAGCCCUUACGCGAAGCAAUGGACUUCCGAGAAAAUGUACAGAAUGCCAUGGUCUCUUUUAAAGAGUUGUGUGGUCUGACUCCUGCGGCGAACAUGAAGCAAUGCAUUCUAACUCUGUCGUCAUGGUUACUGAACAGUGAUAACACGAUGUUGGUGACACUGAACCUCAGCGAACAGUAUCCUUCCAUGGAGGCACAGGGUCCAAUUCCAGACCUUCUCAGGAAGGUUCUAGCAGCCUAUGAUACAAUGAUUCAGACAAGCAAGAUGCUAAUUGAAUCUGCUGAUGCGGUCUACGUGAAAAUAAUGCAGGCUCAGAAGGCUGGGCUGGAGUUCCAUGGAGACUUUCAUGAUAUUGGAUCAAAGGAAGGCCUGAAAGGACGGAAACUUCAAAAAGCAUUUGAGAGCUUUGCGUGGAACAUCACUGUAUUAAAAGGCCAGGCUGAUCUGCUGAAACACGCAAAGAACGAAGCGCUGGAUAACCUGAGACAGAUCCACUAUGCAGCACAAUCUUGCGGUAUCAGUAAGAGCCACUUGUCAUCUCCAGAUCAGUUGCAAUCACGGGGCGCCUUGGAGAGCAUUCCUGAGAGUGAGAACACAAGCAACAAUGGAUCUUGCUGACGUCAGCAGGCAUGGGAAUAAAACGUUGUAAAUACAUAAAAACAUACACACAUACACACACACACACACACACACACACACACACACUCAAAUGUGCUGUAGCUCCACUGAUAGGAAAUUUUGUUGUACGUGAAUUGGAUUUGACAGUGUCACCUAAUGUUAUCUCCUUACAGAAAUGAGGCACUGGUGCUGAAUUUACUGGAAAUAUUCUAGGACACUGAGAUAACAACAGAAAAUACUGGGAGUAAUCGGUAGUGCUAUCCUGUUUACUGAGGCCCACAUUCCAAGAAAAUGCUUUGCUUGAGAACGGCCUUCAGAAUCUCUCCUGAAGGUGGGAUGUGAUCACUAUCCUACAGUCCCCCACUCUUUGUGCUUGCUCCCUGAUUGUGUUUCUAUGGGUUCAUACAAGAACGGGCCGUUUCUCCUUUUUGAAGAUGGAAUACAAGCAUAAAAUCAGUGGCUUGACUAAUUUGUUUCAGCAAAAUACUUUGCUUGCUCUUUGGAAGCCACGAUACAACCCAUGACCAGAAACACCAAAUUGGGUGGAAAGCAAAUCUGUUGCAGCUUCAGGUCUAUGAUCUGUGCAUUGUUCAGGAAUAUAUUAAUCAAUCUUGGGAGCAGCAAUGGUUUAGAAGCUAUAAAACACAUAGUGUAUUUUGUACCUUUUGGACAUAAAUGGUGGAUACGUAGCCUGGUAAUGAUGUUAAAAUGUAACUGAAAAUUUUAUAGUGGGCCAGACAAAUUCCUCUAAUAGUAAUGUCACUUUCAACCUGAGGUUGAAACUCAAGCUACUUUUCAUCACCAGCAAAGCAAUAGACUCAUUAGUUUAGUGAAUAGGAAGUUUCUUCCUUUGAAACUCAUUUACUCAUCCAAUUAAGCUUCACUUCAGUACGACCUGUCAGAUCCAAUCGUUGUCUCUCUUCCAGUUAUUGUGACUGGGUAUUUACAGAAUCGGUCCCGGUGGAAGCCUUGUGCGAUGGAUGACCGGACUCCUGGCGAGCUCGACAGGGAAAGAGGGCUGUGCCUCCACCACGCCCGGUCGUCCCAGCACCCGAGAGUGGGGGGGCUCACACGAAGGGGUAGCCUUGCGCUGCAGCGGUGACCACUUUGAUACCACCUAUCUAAUGAUGUGUGUCUCUGUAAUAAAGUCAUGCAAAAUAAUAUUUAUGUUUCUCCUUCUGAAUUUCUACAUAAAUUGUUUUGAAAAUUCAUUUGGCUUCUUCUCUUCAGCUGUUGAUCAGGGAGGAAAGUAAGUUGAUUUACACCUUAAACAGCACUCUUCAGUUUUACAAUUAAUAACCAUAAAUGCAAUUAAUAACUUACAAGGCUGACAGUACUGAUACACGUUUCUGGAGCUCUACUUCCUCCAUGUAUAAAAAAGAUCAGGCAGACAGAUUUUAUUUUUUGUUGCUGAAUUUCUCUGUGAUGCCAUUAUGCUGCUAUGAAAGGAAAAAAAAUCAUUAUAAAUAAACUAACCGUUCUUACAGCUAUAUGAGGUGUGACACUUGGCACAAUUCAAUUUCACUAGGAAUGAGUGAGUUGAAGUCAGAGAUUGCCAUGACUCAUUACAACAGCCAAGAAUGCUGUGAUUAUUUGGAGAAAGUAUCUAUUUUAAUGAUUACUGAAAUAGAAACUACAAAAGACAAUGUUUCGCAUUUUGUGUGGAUAUAUUUUUCAUGGAAGAACUGAAGAGUUAUUUUUGGCCCGUUAAUAAAUGAUAGAGCAGACUUGAAGGGCCAAGUGGCCCUGCUCCAAUGUUCUUGUGUUCUCAUGAAAAUCCAGAAGGGCAUAAAGGGAAAUGUAUCCACUCAGAAAGUUGUUGGAAUCUGGAUUUCUUAUCAUUCCAGCAUGGGACUGGCAUUGAUCACUCCUUCUGUACUGUUCAAUAGAUGGCAAUUAUGUAUUGGACAGUUAGGCAGAGGGAGAACUCAUAGUUCUAAAAAUUCAAAGGAUUCAAGGUACAUUUAUUAUCAAAGUAUGCAUGCAGUAUACAAUCCUGAGAUUCAUCUUCCCACAGAGUCACAAAACAAAGAAAACCAUGGAACCCGUUCAAAGAAAAACCAUCAAAACCACCCCCAUGCACAGAAAAAAACAAAUCACGCAAACAGCAACAAAAAAAUGAGCGAAAAACACAGAAUAUAAAACACAAAGAUCAAAGAAGUCCAGGCAUAUUCAGUUCAGCUCAAUGUUCGUUAUCUGGAGGCCACCCAAGUUCACCCUGAUUCAAAAUUGCCCAAAAUAGCAACAAAAAAAGAGUGACCAGAAACACACACAGACACCUUCCUCCAGCAGCAAGCGCAAAGCUGAUAGACGGCGCUGAACACUCGCUCGCUUUCCUCACUCGCCUCGAUGAGUUCAAUCUUCCUCAGCGCUUUAAUCGGUGAAAAAUGGCGCCCCAACUUAAGGCUUUUUGGCGCCGAGGCUGCACACUUCACUCAAAGCCUCACGGAACACCCUCGGAGACAGCAAAGUGCCUGAAUGCUCAGUCAGCCCAAAAACACAUUACCUGGAAGAAAUGUUUAAACAUUUAGAAUCACAAAAGGUUUUUUUCUUAGCAUUUUUCAUCUCUGUUGCCAGAAUUCAGUUUUACGUUAUGCAUUGCUCUGGCAUUUUAUCGCCACAGUUGUAAUUUAAAUGUAAAUAAAUGUGAAAAUAAAUGUGGCUUGGCUA